AGUAUAUCCCCGGUAGUAUCGCCGGGUCUGGUUCGGGGUCACCUGCUCUUCUCCUCUUUUCUCUCCCGUCUCCUCCUUUUCUUUCCCUGAUUCUUCUCAUCUGCCUCUCCUCUCUCCCUCUUUUAUUCCUCUCCUUCACAUCAUUGUUGCUUAACCUAUACUCAGUUAUCAGUUCACUACCGUCGUCACCAUGUAUACUGAACAGCCUGAACUCACCAGGGUUGAUUCAGCCGUCGCAGGCUUGGGUACAUCUCCCCAAGAUGAGAAACCUCCCAUUACAAAGAUCGAACAUAGGCGCAGGUCGUCGGUGGCAGAGGGUGUCUUCAACAUCAAAGACUUGGAGGCCCAACAGAUUGAACUGGUACUUCCAAUCGAGACGCAGAAAACUGGGUGGAAACUCAAUACCUCGCCAAACAGCAUCGAGGACAAAGACUUCCCACUAGGCUUGGAAGUAGCUGCUCGCAACAGUAAAGGUGUCACCAUCAAGGACGCGCUGGACGCCAUCUACAAGCAGUUCAAGAAGAAGUCCGAUGAUGAAAUGGAUGCUCCCUAUCUUGCUGGCUUUGAGUGGAACAAGAAGGAGUGCUGGACACGUCUGGUCGUCCACCAGAAGCAUCACGGUCCAGUACAACAGUCGCGCAAGAAGGGCAAAAAGGCAAAGGAAGAGGCAUAGAUGCUGAUCAUCCCUCCAUAAUGACGUCUCAAAGAAAGGUUUCUGGUAUGUCUUCCAUAUAGUUUUGUUCCCGGUGCUCUCUGCCAUAUUCAAGUUUGGAAUAAUAUCUAUAAUCAUUUGAAUUAGUCAAUUUUGUAACAUCAUCGCAAU